GAUGGAACCACUCCAAUAUGAACCCACAAUAAAAAAUGAAACUUCUCAGUCAAUUCCAUUUCUUUCCUUUUCUUUUUUUUAUUUUCCUCUAUAAAUACAGUCUAUAUCUAUCACCUCACACUUACCCAAACUCAAAUUGAUAACUUUGCUUUGGUGCCCACCUCUGAUCUUUCUCUCCUCAACUAGAUUCUUUGGUUACCUCCUGAAGCAACUGAUCAUCAAGAAUGCUUCAAAACAUAGUUGGUGCCAUUACUGGCGACAGUAAUGGCAGCAAGAAGAUAAAAUGUGUUAGUGGUGAGUGCAAAAAGAUCACAGGCAGUGUUGUUUUGAUGAAAAAGAAUGUUUUAGACUUCAAUGAUUUUCAUGCUUCACUUCUUGAUCGUGUUCAUGAGUUGUUUGGCCAUGGAGUUUCUCUGCAACUCAUUAGUUCUGUUACUAGUGAGUCUGAGAAUGGUCUGCAAGGGAAAGUAGGAGAACCUGCAUAUUUGGAAGAUUGGAUUACUACAAUAGCUCCCUUGACACCAGGAGAUUCAGCAUUCAAAGUUACAUUUGAUUGGAAUGAGGAAAUUGGAAUUCCAGGAGCAUUCAUAAUUAAAAACAACCAUCACAGUGAAUUUUACCUCAAAACUCUCACUCUUGAAGAUGUUCCUGGACAAGGUAGAAUCCAUUUUGUAUGCAAUUCAUGGGUUUAUCCUGCCAAACAUUACAAGAAAGAUCGCAUUUUCUUCGCUAACAAGACAUUUCUGCCACAUGAGACACCAAUGCCUUUGCGCAAGUACAGAGAGGAAGAGCUCGAGAAUUUGAGAGGAGAUGGAAAAGGAGAGCUGCAAGAAUGGGAUCGUGUGUAUGAUUAUGCUUACUACAAUGAUUUAGGAGAUCCUAAGAAGGGUCCUAAAUAUGUUCGCCCGAUUCUUGGAGGGUCUUCUGAAUAUCCUUAUCCUCGCAGAGGAAGAACAGGCCGGGCACCAGCAGAAUCAGAUCCUAAUUAUGAAAGCAGGCUAUCACUACUAAUGAGCUUGAACAUAUAUGUUCCACGGGACGAACGAUUUGGUCACUUGAAGAUGUCUGAUUUUCUUGCUUAUGCACUAAAAUCCAUAGCCCAGUUUCUUAAACCUGAGCUAGAAGCUCUAUUUGAUAGCACUCCCAAUGAGUUUGACUCCUUUGAUGAUAUAUUAAAACUCUAUGAAGGAGGUAUUAAGCUUCCUGAUGGACCUUUACUAGAUAAUGUUAUGAAAAACAUUCCUUUCGAGAUGCUUAAGGAAAUUUUCCGAACUGAUGGAGAGCGGCUUUUCAAGUUUCCAAUGCCUCAAGUAAUUAAAGAGAGCAAGACUGCUUGGAGGACUGAUGAGGAAUUUGGUAGAGAAAUGUUAGCUGGUAUAAAUCCUGUCAUUAUCCGUCGUCUUGAGGAAUUCCCUCCAAAAAGCAAGCUAAACAACAAACAAUAUGGCAAUCAAAACAGUUCAAUAACAGAAGAUCACAUAAAGAAUAAUCUGGAUGGACUGACAGUAGAUGAGGCAUUAAAGAACAACAAGCUAUACAUAUUAGAUCACCAUGAUACAGUGAUGCCAUACCUAAGGCGGAUAAAUGCUACCUCCACAAAGACAUAUGCAUCAAGAACACUGCUUUUCUUGAAAGCUGACGAGACUUUGAAGCCAUUAGCAAUUGAGUUAAGCUUGCCUCAUCCUGAAGGUGAUCAAUUCGGAGCCGUUAGCAAAGUAUGCACACCAGCUGAGGAUGGUGUUGAAGGUUCUAUUUGGCUGUUGGCUAAAGCUUAUGUGGGUGUAGUCGACUCUGGCGUUCACCAGCUUAUCAGUCACUGGUUGCACACUCAUGCAACAAUCGAGCCAAUUGUGAUUGCAACAAAUAGGCAAUUAAGUGUGCUUCAUCCAAUACACAAACUUCUACAUCCUCACUUCCGUGACACGAUGAACAUAAAUGCAGUUGCUAGACAGAUACUUAUUAAUGCUGGUGGAUUAUUGGAGUUCACAGUUUUUCCAGCAAAGUAUUCUAUGGAAAUGACAUCAAUUGCUUACAAAAGCUGGAAUUUUAGAGAGCAAGCACUUCCUGAAGAUUUAAAGAAAAGAGGGAUAGCAGUUGAGGAUCCAAAAGCGCCGCACGGUCUUUCUUUACUGAUAAAAGACUAUCCCUUUGCUGUUGAUGGGCUUGAAAUAUGGUCAGCAAUAAGAGAAUGGGUUAAAGACUAUUGCUCCUUUUACUAUGAAACAGAUGAUAUGGUCAUAAAGGAUCCUGAACUUCAGUCAUGGUGGAAAGAAAUCCGUGAAGUAGGCCAUGGUGACAAGAAAGAAGAGCCUUGGUGGCCCAAGAUGCAUACAAGAGAAGAGCUAAUAGAAUCAUGCACUAUUAUCAUUUGGAUAGCAUCUGCUCUUCAUGCAGCAAUCAACUUUGGUCAAUAUCCUUAUGGAGGCUACCUUCCUAAUAGACCUAGCAUAAGCCGCAGGUUUUUGCCUGAAAAAGACACUCCUGAGUAUGAAGAGCUUAAGUCGAACCCCGAAAAAGCCUUCCUUAAAACUAUUACUGCUCAGUUGCAAACUGUUCUUGGCAUUUCUCUUAUAGAAAUUCUGUCAAGGCAUGCUUCAGAUGAAGUUUAUCUUGGGCAGCGAGACACACCUGAAUGGACAACAGAUGAGAAGCCAUUAGAGGCCUUUAAACAAUUUGGAAAGAAGCUGGAAAAGAUUGAGGAGGGUAUUAUAGAGAUGAAUAAAGAUGUGCAAUUGAAGAACCGUGUUGGUCCUGUUUUGAUGACUUACACUUUGUUAGUUCCUAGCAGUGAAGUUGGACUCACUGGUAGAGGAAUUCCUAACAGUGUUUCUAUCUGAGGGCUAAAUAACUUUCCCUGUAGGAUUUUCCUGUUCUGGUUUCAUAUUAAUGCACUUGCGUGUAAAAAAUCCGAACUUUUUACAACUUUCAAGCAAAUGUUUAUGUAGUGUCAUAGUCAAAUGUCAUAUAUAUGCUUAAGGUAAUAAAACUUCAUAAAUGGAUACUUUGUUGUCUAA